CAGCAGCGCAAGCAGUCCUCAUCGGAUAGUUUUGUAUAGAGCCAACCGCCCUAGCGUUAACAGAGUGGAGCUACACUUUUGUGCCCCGUUUGAAGAUCUUUCUCCAUUGGUGUGUUUUAUUAAAGAUUUUGGAAACGGAAAACGUUUUCCUUUUUUCGAAAACGAUAUCCCGAAACGCUUCUGAAGCAAAGUUCAAUCGUUGCGUUUGUGAUUUUCACCUCAGUGUCCUGAAUCUCAGUGCUUGUUAGUAGAUUGACGCCCGCCGCCAAACCGGAUUUUUUCCAAUUUCAGCACGCUCUGAAGUUAGAUCGGAUAGUUUGUAACAGAAGAAACACAGGAUUAUUCACGGAAUAUUUUAAUCGCAUUUGGAUACAGUUCAGUGAAAACAGGUGCUUUUUGUGAAACCUUACAGUGAUUGGCAAGGAGUGGUGUUUUUUGUCAAUCGGAAUCUGACCUGGAAACCCCCAAAGUGAUUUCCGGCCAAUUUUUGCAAGCCCAAGUAGGAGUAAAGAGAAGUGAACAAAAGUGCAAAUAUUUUAAAACCUAGGGUUGUGUGCGUGAAUUACUCUGCCAGAUUCAUUCCUGUCCAGAAACCUCACAAAGAGUUCAGCAAAAAAUGGCAACAGAAGUCGAGAAUAAGCCUCUGACCGCCGAGGAGGAGAAAAAAGCGGAACAGCCUGCGGCCGGAGCCGACAAAAAGGAAGAUGGUGCCGCAGCCGCAACUGCAGCUAGCACCGAGAGUGGAGAUAAAAAAUCUGCCGAUGGCGAAAAGCCAGUCACAGAGAACCAUGCUGCCGAAGUUGGCGAUGCCGCGACCGCUUCCGGUGCGGGCACCGACCCGGCAUCUGCCGCCCCGGCUAAGAAGGAAAAAGAAGUAAAACCCACGGUACAUAAGGCCAACUUCGAAAAGGAUGUCGUCUAUCUGUACCAGUUCACGCGAACCCCAUUGCUGCCGUCCAUGUCCCCGUACUGUCUGAAGGUGGAAACCUGGCUGCGAUUGGCAGGGCUCAAGUACGAGAACAUUGACCAUAAGCUGAAGCUGCGCUCCAAGAAAGGACAGCUGCCGUUCGUCGAGGUAAAUGGAGAAGAAAUCGCUGACUCGGCCAUCAUCAUCAAGGAGCUCGCCCAACGCUACGAAAAGGACUUGGAUGCGGCUCUGACUCAGGAACAGCGCAACAUCGCUCAUGCUAUGAUUUCGAUGCUUGAGAACCAUCUCAUCUGGGUGCAACUGUUCUGGCGCAGCAAGAAUCCCGAACAGAUGAUCAAGGGUUACAAAGUAAACUUGCAGCACGCCCUCGGCAGCCGCCUGCCAAAUGCCGUGCUCAACUUUAUCUUCAAAUUCCAAUUCGGACGCAAGUAUUUACAGGGCUCCAAAAAGGUGAAAGCUCAGGGCCUCGGGGUUCACAAGCCUGAGGAAAUCGAGGAAUUCGGCAAGCAGGAUCUGAAGGUGCUGUCCGAGCUGUUGGCCGACAAGCCAUUCUUCUUCGGUGACGAGCCAACAACUCUCGACUGUGUUGCGUUCUCCGUCCUUGCCCAAAUUCACUACAUUUCGGACGAAGUGAAGUAUGCUCUCAAGGAAUUUAUGCAAGAGAACUGCCCGAAUCUGGUCGGGCACGUUUCACGGAUCAAGGAACGCUGCUUCCCCGAUUGGGAUGACAUCUGCACCAAGCUGGACCUGAAUGCUCAUCUACCGAAGCCUGAGCCGGAAACCAAGGAAAACAAGGAAGGAGCGGACACCGAGAAGACCGCCGAGCAGGACAAGAACGAGUCCGAGAAGGAGCUGGAGAAGGAUAAUUCCAACGAAAAGACGGAGAAGAAGGAGGAAAAGCCGGAAAAGGCUGCAGUGGAGGAGAACAAAGAGAAAGAGGAAGCUGCUGCCAAAUAAGCAGUUAACUGCCCUCGGAUGCAAUUCAAUUUCUUUUCAGUUCUAUUGGCUAAUAAUUCUCCGACUACUUCUGCCAAUUUAAUUUUACAAUAGUUGACCACAUUCUUUGGUGUUUAUCUGUUCAUUUUUAAAUCGUUGCGGUUCAAAACAAAUUAGUUGGACGUGAGCGAGAAAACUUGCUGGUAGAAUAAAAAAAACGAGCGUGCGAGAAGAAAAAACGAGAGCCAGAGAGGGAAAUGAAUUAGGUAGGAAGCAUUUUCAUUCGCGAAAAGAUGCAAACAAGAUUUAUUGACGAACAUAUUAACUAUUGUUUACUUUUUCACGUGUGUUAUGAAAAGCUACGAAAGGCAGAGUUUGGAAAAAUUACGCAACACCAUCGGCGCAGAAGAGAAUGAAACAUGAAUAUGUACAGUAAAAUGUGAUUUGCUGUUUCAAUGCUACAAAAGAAAAACAGAAACAUCGGGCGAUGAAAAGCGAGAAAUUAGAUGAAGAGCGCUUGUAGUGUUUUUUUAAUAAUUAGGUGAAUUAUUUACUAGCGGCAAACCCAUAGCGGAUGGAUAAAAAUGUGCUAAGGCAGAUAAAAGGAAAGAUUCGACGAUAUGUUUAUUGGUUAGACUAUUUCUACGAUUACUUUUUCAGAUUUAUGUUUAGUUACUAGCGUUUAGAGUAAGACUUGCGACAAUUACUACUGUAAUACUCAGAAGAAGAAGAAACGUUAAACCGGAUAUAGCCGAGACUUCUCUGCGCUACCGGCCGUGCCGAAGCGCGGCGAUUAUUACGACAGCUGGCGCAAUCGAAGAAAAUCGGAAAAGUUCUCUUGUAUGUUUGUCAUGCUCCGAAGUAGGGUAGCGCCGUCUUUUGUAGUAAUACAAUCUAAAACUAGUAAUAAUGGUUUAUUAUUACUCCUAUAUAUUUUAUAUAUAUAUAUCAUAUUUUCGUAUAUAUUUAUAGUAUUUUAUAUAAAUUUUAUGUAUAGUACAGCCUUUCUUUCUCUAUACAUUAGUUUAAGCGUAAUUUCAAAACAGAUAGAAGAAUUGAUUGUCAUUUUCCAAAUUAAUGUUUUGUACAAAAUUUGCAGAAUAGAUAAUUGUCCUCCUUUCUUCGCGGGUCGUUUUUAUUCUUCAGAUUGAAGCUAAAGAGUAAAAACCGGUCCGAGAAAAUCUUCCUUCGAGGAAACGUUUUGUUUUUUUUUUCGGAUCUAAUCGUGUAUGAUUUAGAAUUUUCUUAGAAACGGAGUCAAGCUUAGAACGAAACCGGUUGCAAUUAAUAUACACAGCAAGAGAAAAAAACGAUUGAUAUCUCAACACAUUCUAAUCAAUAUCGUCUUAUUUUAAAAAAUGUUUAGUUUAGGGUUUAUUCGGUUCUCAUUCCUUUUCUGCAUCGCCAAACGUUCUUCAUCAAUUUUCGUCAGAUUCCUGUUCUAGCUAAACAAUUUGAGAAACGUACAAUAGUGUAGAUGAAGUUGCUUUUCUGAUACUAUUCUUUUCACGAAACAAGUUAAUAUUUUUCCUAGAAGUAAGAUGAAUAAGCCUCCGAGUUUAGUUUACAUAAAAAAACAAAAUAGGGAAAAUCCAGCUCCAUUUUCGCAUUCAAAUGCCAGAUAUACAGCAACAAAAAAAACUUCGUUUAAUUAGGUUAAACGCUCUCCGAUGAAUAAAAAAUAAAACAGUGAUAAUAAA